AUGGUAAUUGAGGGUAGCAGGGGCAAAUCACGAGUGUUCACGACGAGUACUGCCCGAGCUAUAUUCAAUGCCUUGCUGUCAGUCUUCGUAUAUACGCUAAAUAGUGUAGGUUCAAAUUUCGAGUCGGGAAUCCGAAACGGAGUUGAUGAAAAUGGCGGUGUUGACGAGGGGCAUGCCAAGAAACCCCAUACGAAUGCCCCGAAGAAGUGCGAUAAUCAUGUCACCGCUAAUACGGGCGUCCUGACAAGCACUCAGCAGAUGUGGGCUGACUUUGACGACAUGCCUUUCCCGCCAACACCGGUAACCGAAGAAUAUGCAGAAAACGGAAAGAGGAAGUCGAGUGAUACGAUUGAUCUAUCCUCGUCCGGAACGCUAGUGGAUGGUCAAAGACCAGCGAAGAUGCUGCGAAUUGAUAAAAGUGCACAGGAUGAUCAGUUGUGGAUCGUGGCGCAUCACCCCUCCCUUGUCAACGGGUUCAACGGGUUCAAAAUAGCUGUUGGCGUUCGAAUGGGGCUUGCAAGGUUGAAGACGUUGGGUGAAUUGACAGAGGAGAAAAUAUGGCAGAAAAAGGAUUGUCUCCAGCGCCUGAGAGGAUCCAACCAGCAGACUACGCCGAACACUCGGGCAAUGUUCCUUCCCGACACAGAGUCAGAUGACGAUGGUCGACCCCCGCCUUUGGCGGAGCUUGACCUCGAGGCUGGCCGCCGGUACAGAGGGAAGGUCACGUUCCGGGCUCGAUAUAGUUGGGACUCAAAGAAAAUCAUCAUUGAGAGACCCAUUUUGGAAGUGUUUAACUCCUUGAAGCGUCGUUUCGGUUCAUGGUGCUUCCUUCGCGUGGCGACCGAAGACCAAUGUGGCCCCGAAGUCGUCGAUUUGUUCAAGAGACCACUAGUAAUUUGGGAUGCCGUAUUUAGGGCACUGCAUGCUUCUGAGGGCCAUGUUACCAUGGUGUGGAUCAAUGAAGCAUUCGUCGCGGGGAAAUUGAGAAGCCCUUGCGGAGCCUUAAAUCAUUCGGUGUCGGUUAUUCAUCAACUUAAUCCUCUGCAAGAGAAUAAGAAUCGGGCAACACUCUAUCUCUCAGUUUCUGUGCCCGGUCCACGUCUUGGGGAAGAAGACAUGCAUGAGCAGGAUGAUCAUUUUUCCGCCAAAAAUUCAAACAUGACGGACGGCUGUGGCAUAUCCAAUCUUCCUCUCCAUCAAAUUUUUUCAAGGCACAACAAUAGAAUACCUACUGCUGUUCAGUUUCGUUUGAGAGGAGCAAAGGGAAUGGUCCUACUUGCGCGAAGCAAGGAGUGGUUGGGCAAGCCUAAGUGUUCUGGACCUUCACCCACCGAGGAGCGACCAGAAACUCUGCAGAGAUCAUCAUCAAUCUGGAACACAACGGCAUGCCUGCGGUCGUCUUUGAGCAACUUGGACGGAACUGUAUCCAUGCUUGACGUCUCCGUUGUGGUAUACCUCAAUGACAUCCUCGAGCAAAUUGUCCAGGAAUUUGCUACGUGCACGACGCCUGAACAAGCCUGUAGGCUUUGGGCAUCUGUCGAGGAUGUAGAGGGUAUAUAUUCAGCUAGGCAGAUGCGUAUUGCGGAGCAUCACAAACGGCCUCUGAGAAGGAAGAAAGACGACGAGGAUGAUCAUGAUGCUGGGGCAUGGUUCCCUGAUCCUCAUUCCGGAUGCCCAACUCCCUUAGGCGAAACAGCGAUGGAACUCUUGGAUCUGGCUUUCUACCCGACCAAUGCAACUUCCCCAGAUAGAAGUUGUGGCUUCAACUUUGACCUGGAACAGAGUUGUUCUGGACUAGUUAUAGUUGACCCACAUGGCGUCCCCAAGGAGAACGGAAUACAGAUUAAAAGCUCGCGACACGACUUCAAAGAUGAUGGUUUAGAAACCGACACUGUGCUUGGAGAAGUGGUGAUUGCCCGUGGACUCGUUCUGUUUCUGGUUGCACUCUCGACGUCAUCGUCGGCGCCAUUUAAGGAGCUACUGCUUUAUUACAAUAUCUUGCAGGAGGUGAUUAUGAUGGCGAUCGAAUGUUGGUCAUCUGGGCGCGAGCUCUCGUGGAUACCUUUCGAAACGCUCAUGAGGAUUGCAUGGAACUGCCCCCUGGAUUUGAAGAUCUUUUCGAAAGGGACACGAAAAACUGUUGAUGAAUUUUGUCGAGAAAUGGCUUCUGCACCAUCUCAUGCCAAAGCCAAAGAGUUGUAG